ACCAUGUUUCAUCCUUGGACUGAAGUAAUUUACCUCUUGUUGGUUUCACAGCACGGCAUUGCCGAUAAAGCUAUGGAAGACGACACCAUACUUCCGAAACUCGACCUUGUGUUUGGUAUUUUUCGACACGGGGAUCGGGCGCCCCUCAUGACAUAUCCUACUGACACGAAUCAAAACAACAGUCUCUGGGAGCUUGGAUUUGGGGAACUUACACAGCGGGGUAUAAAAACUAUGCUAAAUCUCGGACAAUACCUAAAACAUCGAUACAGUAAAUUCCUGAAGGAUGACCCCAAGGCGACAUACGUUCGAAGCAGCCCCAAGCCACGCUGCUUCAACAGUGCUGCCUUUGUGCUUUAUAAGCUUUAUCCGGCAAAACCGCCUCGGAAAUUCGACAGAGAAAAGUGGUUUCCAUUUCCAAUAACGAGGGUCAUCGAGGGUCACGAUAAAUACACGUUGCUUUGCCCAAGCGAAAUAAAAAAGAUGGUGCCAAAAGUACUGAACCCAAAUGGAAGCUUUGCCGGCAUGGCUAAGUUCUUGAUGGGAGCAGCACAGCGACUGGGUCUCGAGCUGCCGAAGCACGCAGCUGUAAUGCCAGAUGCCCUUGACGCCGUCCUCGUCCAGAAAGAGAAUGGUUUACAAAUUCCACCGUGGUUUGAGCAGCAGAUCAGCACCCUUUCUUACGUAUCUCGAGGACUCUACGUUCUGAUGGCUCAAGCUUUUAUAAAAAACAUGGGAGAACAAUUCCUCAGGUAG